UAGUCGUCUUACAACUAUCAUUGUGUGGUUACAUGUAGAACAACAUCGAGGAAUAUAAUUUUUUGAGUUCAAGAAAAAAUAAAAUCAACUUAUAAACUACGAAGUUUUACUUUAGUUUUUCACUUUCUUUAAGUUUAAACUUUCAUUUGAUAUAUAAUUUACUUUAAAAAACAUAGUUUUUGAAUUAUUUUGGUGUAAAUAAAAGCAAAGAAGUGGCAUUAUACUGAGUAGAUUUGAGUUAAUUUUUGAGCCUAAGUUGACAUUUUUCGUCCCUCAAUUCUCAAAGUGGUGACGGAAUUGCUUUAUUUUGCUGCAGAGAGGGUCAAAAAUAAACAAAAAGGAAAUGGAGCGCUUUUUUGCUGAUCAAAUGAUCCUGUAGGUGGCGUUUACCAUCAGCUGAAAGUUAAAAAUAAAUAUUUUUGAGAUAAAAAAGAAUGGCAUCAACAAGAGACCGACGUUUAAAAACAGAUUCACCAACUCCAACUAUCCAAUCAAACGAAACAGCAACAACGCCUUCAUCUAAGACAAGUUCUGCUAUCAAAUUAAAGAGAAUGUCUCGUAAUCGUUCAGGAAUAUUGAGCUUGAAGUCGGAAAAUGAAGAUGGCAAUGAUUCAGUAGGAUUGAGUGAAGAAAGUCAGAAUAAUUCGGCAUCAAACGAUAAUUCAAAUGCACCGAAAACUCCAAAUACAAGAAACACAAAACGACAUCCAAAUAAAAAUGAAAAGGAUGAAGAAGCGAAUGGUGAUGCGAAGGAAGCAGAACUGGAAUCAUCAGCUAAAGGCACUGCUAAUGUCGAUACACCAAGAUCUAAAAGACUCACAAAAACACAAAUAUUAAAGAAAAAAGGAGCUGAAUUAGCAUUGGCAAGACGUCAGGCUUUGAUGAAGCGUAAAACACUUCCUUUGCCAAUUAAAUCAUCAUUGCGUAGCAUCCCUCGUCGUUUAAGUUCGAAAGUAAAUGAAAGGCAAGAAGUUCAAGCAUCGGUUAAGAAAACAAAACCUGUACGAAAGACAACAGCAAUUGAAAAGAAGGAAAAUGAUGUGCAAGAAGAUCAAUCUGAGAAGGAAGGUGAUCCAGAAGAAGAAAAGCAAGAAGAAGUUGAGAGUUCUGAGAAGCAAGCUGAAGAAACAAAUGACGCAUCUGAAGCUGUCGAAGUUGUCGUGAAACAAGAAAAAAUUGAUAAAUCAGCAAUUUCAAUUGAUCUUCAGAAUGUCCGACGAAGUACUCGUCAAAGAAAAAGUACAAUUAAGGAUCGUGACAGUCCUUUGACUGCCCGAAGAUCUCAAGUUCGUGAAAAAUCUGAAUCUAAACGCGACUCAAUAUCACCAGCGUUAUCAAACAGCAGCAUCAAAGUUGAGAAAGAAAAUUCGAAAGGAAUUUCCAUCACGGUUGAGCCGUCUGAAGCCACUGAGAAGGAUCCAUCAUUAAGCCCUGAAAUGGUCAGUGAAGAAAUGGACUCGGAAAGCGUCCAACAUUUAUAUGACAAACCUGAUUUCCUUGAGAACAAUUUGGGCAUUGAAAAGGAUCCAAAACUUGGUGAAAUUGUAAAAGUUCAAGAGAAAACAAAAGUCAUUGAUUCGACGACGAUCAAAGAUGAUGAAAAGUUCACUGAAAUAGAUGCUGAGGAAAAAGAUGAAGAGUCAGAGAUGGUGGUCAAUGGUGGUGAGAAAACUGAUGAAAAAGACACAACUGAUGAUGAAACAAAAGCUGAAAUUAAAAUGGAAGAAGAUGGCAAUGAGAAUUCAUCAGCAGCAGCAGAAGAGGCAACUGAAGACAUUAAAGAAGAAGAGCUUGGAGAAGAAAAUAAAGAAAACAACAUGGAAAGCUCAGCGAAGUCUGUUGACAGUGGAUCGCCACGCUCUGAAGAUCGUUUGAAAGUAUUUAACGAAGAGAACGUUCCGAAACUUGAAAAUGUCGACACUGAACUUUUGAAGCAGAAAGAAUCUCAUUUCUUAUCGUUGGGAUUGUUAACGCAUAAAGCUGCAGAUGAAGCUAAAGUUGCUAAACAAAAGCAUAAGGAAGAGCUCGCCAAGGCAGCACAAGCAGCACAAACUGAAAGAACAAAAGCAAAGAAAAACAAUAACAACAAUAACAAUGACCAACAGUAUACCGGCACAUUGAAAACAAUCAUAAAGCUUAAUCGAAAUGAUAAGGAGAAGCGCAAGACAAGAAUGCCGUUGAAGAUGACAUUUCAGAAAAAGAAUCGCGAUCGAGAUUCAAAUGGUUCGUCAAACUCGUCUGAUUCAUUUUACACGAUUCAGGAGAAGGAUGCCAGCUUGUCAUCAGACAGUCACGACCAAGUAGCUCCAAGUAAUGAUCAAAACAAAAAUCAUGAACCAGUUGUAAACAAAGAACUUGAACAAUCCUUAGUAAUCCCGGAAAAGGCGUCAUCGUUUAAAGUGCAUCCAGAACGUUUGUGCAAAGAUCAAUGCUUCUAUUGCGGAGGUAAAUUUGGCUUGUAUGAUACGCCAUGUCACAUCGCUCAAAUAAAAUCGGUCGAUCGACAAAAGAAGAUUCUUGAAAGUGAAGAAAAGUUGACCAAAGAUAGCUGCUUAUGUGACGCAUGUUUUCGUCAUGUAGAUCGUCGUGCCAAUUGUCCAUCCUACAAGAAACGAGUUUCAGCUCCUUCACAAAUGCAAGGUGCAUCUAAUAGCUCUCAACAACAGAACAACUUUGAUCGUACUUUCGGCAUUUGUAAUGUUAUCGAUUGUCAUGAAAAUGCUGUUCACAACAUACGAAAGAAAUGGUUCUUAAAAAUGAAGAAAACUAUUUCGAAAAUCUUUCAUGUCGACAUGGAUCUCCAGCCAACAAAUGCAAAUGUUUCAAUAUGUGAAGAACAUUUUUCUGCUCUCAGUCAUAUCAUGGUUUGUGCCAUGUGCAAGCGAAAAUUGCCAAGAAAUCACAUUUUUUAUAUCAAUCAGGACAUUACACGUCUUGAACACUUAAUAGCUGAACAAGGAAUGCGCAUAAAGCUUGCCAAUUCAACACUCGUUGUAUGUAAACUCUGCUCGUAUUUCAACAAUUUAUUGUUCAAACCACCAGAGCCAAAAACACAGAAAGCUGAUUUUGUUAAGAAUUACACGAAAAAAUUGUUGAAGGAAAAUAGUCUUGAAGCGGAAUAUGCACGACAAGUGAUACAAGUUGAUGACGAUGACGUUCAAGAAGUUCCGAAUCGUAAUGACAACUUAACACUAACAAUUAAGAAUGGAAAAAUUCAACCAAAACGCCACAACGAGAGAUUAAGCAAAGAAGUAACAAUAACGUCAAUGAAGGGCUCAAUCUUGUUAGAUAAUGACGUGAUGGUUGGAUAUGACGUUCCAUUUCCAUUGGAAUGUGAAUCUCCGCCAGCACAUGCGAUAAGAAAUCCAAACUACAAAGGCUCUUCAUCACAAUCACUGCCAAAGUCAAAUAAAGUUCAAGUCGAUCAAAAUCGAAAACGUCGUGAUAUCAAUGACAACAAUGAAAUGGCACGAGCAUUGAAAUCAAAUCCAAAUAUCUCAAUGCGUGAACUCUUUCCUGGUGAAGAUGAGAUGGGAUUGAAUGUUAAUCUACCGCUUAAUACGAGCAACUCUCAACGCACUGCCGAUGGUUGGUUCAAGACUCAAAUGACAGUUCAAUACGAUGAAGUUACAAAAGCAUUGUGGGAGAAUCUUCAACGGCCUUAUGGCAAUCAAUCGAGUUUCUUACGUCACUUAGUACUUCUUGAAAAGUAUUAUCGUAAUGGUGAUCUUGUGUUGUCGCAAUCGGCAUCAAAUUCAGCAGUAACUUACUCAGAAUCAGUGAGAAAUCGUUUACGUUCUUACGACAAUAUCCCAUCGUCAUCACCUGUUCACAGUAAUUUCUCUAACGAGAUAACAAUCAUUCCAGCUUCAAAAGUUAAAUCAAAGACACAAGAACAAGUCACAAUAACACCUCAACCUGGUGGAUCACUUUUGAAGCGAAAAGCUUCGCAAUCAGACAUGUCGAAUAGUUCAAAACAAAAGUUGUUGAAGUCUGAUGAUGGAACACCAAAGAAAAGUUCACCACCCGAACUUAUUUCGUUCACACAAAAGUCUGCAACAAAAAGUAAGGAUGGAAAGUCAGUGAGUGCCAAAGAAGCAUCAGAAUCGCCGCCAACUUUUAUAUCGUCUUCAGUCUCGAUAACGCCCACAACAAAUUCAUCAUCAUCGUCAUCAACAACGUCGACAUCUCAAAGUGGUGGAGCGAAUAAUGGAAAUGUCAUUGUUCUGCCUGAAACACUCACACCGCAAGAGAGAAAACAAUGCUCAAAAUCAUGGCGGCCAACAUUAAUACCAAUCACGAGUGGGUCAAGUGCGAUGCUAAAUGCUGGCGGACCUUUGUAUCAAACAGCUGACGGUCGAAAAUUGCCAGCUCUCGUUCAAGUUAUGUCAGGUGGCAAACCUUAUCAUAUUUCAAUAAAUGAUUACAAUCGAAUGUGCAUCAUUCGUCGUGAGAAGAUUCAACAUCAAUUGAAUCAAAAGUCAAAGCAACAAAACUCAACAUCAAGUGGAUCGCCAAAUGGUGGUGGAAAUACGUUCACAAAUAAAAGUUUAUCAAUCAUUCCUAUGCCCAAAGAUAAAGAAACAUUUAAGGCACCUGCACCAACGACAAGUCCUAAUAAUGCACGCAACAAAAUGGUUAACAUUCCAAAUGAAAUUCUUGAACAAAAUUCGUUAAUUCCAUUAAAUUCAACGAAUGAAUCAAAUGGAAAACGUCAACAGAAUGGAACUGGAAGUUUGCCACCAUUAACAUCUGUGAAGAAUUUAAAUAACUCAAACUUAAUGGCGAUGAAUCAAGCGAUUCUUGCACCUUCAGCAUUAUCAGACUUAUCAAAGACAGUGAAUUCAUUGCAACCGGCAGCUCAACUUGCUGCAUGGAAGGCACUUUGGAAUGAUAGUGAUAUGAAUACUGACAACAUUGCAACUCUUGCUACGUUUGCGAACUUAGCUAACUUGGGAUCAUUUGGAAAUGGAUCGUUCAUGGAUUCAGAUUUACUCUCUAAAAUACCGAAAUCAUUAACCGUCAUUCCUCAAGCAAAGAACGAUCGACGAUCUAGUGAUGAGCAAGGAAAACAUAACAGUGCCUCCACAUAAAUAUUUUCAGAUUAUCCGUGAAAUUAAUGAGAUUUGAUAGUUGAUGAAAGAUCCCUGAAAAUAAGACAGAAAAAUGUAUACUGAAGAUAGAAAUUUAAAUAUUUAAAAAUACUGAGAUCAACUUAAACAAAAAGAGAUAUCAAGUAACGUGAAAAGUGACCGUCACAAUCAAUUGUGACUUUGAUGAAUUGUAAAGUUCUAUUGAUAAAUUCUAUUUUUAUACGAUGAGUGGAUUUGAAUGUUAAUUUUACGAUGAAUUACAUUAUUUUUACAUAUAAACAAAGAUAUCAUAAAUAGGAUUAUCAUUAUUAUAAUUAUAAUUAUAAUUUCGGAUAGAAAUGCAGAGCAAUGGACUGAUUCAAUGGAAAAGCUAAAAACUGAAAAUGCAAGAUGGUCAAGAGAAAGAAAGCA